AUGCACUUCUCAGGAAUCCAAGGAGAGAUGCGCUUCGUAGGAAGCCGAGGGAGCAACGCGCUUCCCAAGAAGCAAAGGAGCGAUGCACUUCCCAAGAAGCUGAGGGAGCGAUGCGCUUCUCAGGAAGCCGAGGAGCGAUACGCUUCCCAAGAAGCCGAGGAGCGAUGCGCUUCUCAGGAAGCCGAGGGAGCAAUGCGCUUCCCAGGAAGCGAAGGAGCGAUGCACUUCCAAAGAAGCCAAGGGAGUGAUGCGCUUCUGAGGGAUCCGAGGAGCGAUGCGCUUCUCAGGAAGCGAAGGAGCGACGCGCUUCCCAGGAAGCCGAGGAGCGACGCGCUUCCCAGGAAGCGACGAAGCGAUGCGCUUCUCAGGAAGCCAAGGAGCGAGGAGCGAUGGGCUUCUCAGGGAGCGAAGGAGCAAUGCGCUUCCCGAGGGAGUGAUGCACUUCCCAUGAAGCGAAGGAGAAGCGCACCCCAAGAAGCCGAAGAAGCACUAAGCUUUCCAGAAAGCUGA